CACACCUAUUAAAAUGGCGGGGUUUUCCUUGUAUUCAAACAGCAAGGACACUGAGGGAUUGAUAAUAUCAACUCAGCAGGGCAUGGACAGAUGUGCAUCAUUGCUGAAAGCAUUGCUGAGUCCUAGAAAAGAUCAAAAUUACCCGCCCCAAAAAGAAAAUGAUAAUCCAAAGACACCAAGACCUCGACCAAGACAGUUGCCAUUAUCAGUAACAAGUUCCUCUAAAGCAGAGAGUAGGAGGAGGACUUGUGGUGGGCAGAGCCAUGAGAAUAUUGUCACCAAGCCAGUUCAAACAGUUAGUGACAAUAUGAGACAUUCUGCAAAUAAGAAGCAGGCACACAAAAACUGUAAAACUGUGAACACUGCUAAUACCAGGAAAAACAAGAAACAAGCAGGGCUGUUCCUCUCCAGCAGUGCCACUACAGUUAAGAGAAGAAGAAAACUAUCUCGUCCAAUACCAGUAGCUAUGAGUACACCACAGACCAAUCAUCAUCCUACUGACAGCAAAAUGAAGAAGAAAAGGAUGCACAUUCCCUGA